UCGCGCGCAGGGUAAAGGUGGAUUGCUUUGGUCUCGCUGUGUCUGACAUCUGUCCGCUGACAUUCAAUUCACCUGCGUCUUUGACGGGAUUGGGAACGAAUCCGUUGGAUUUUUCCAAGAUGUCCAUCAGCCGGAAGAACUGGUCGGCUUUAUCCAGCCUGGCACGCCAGUGGACGAUGGAGGAUGAGGAGGAGGCAGAGCGUGAGAGGAGGCGAAGGGGGAAGAGCAUCACCACGGCUGAGCCAGAUGUGGACUCCAGCCCUGAACCCAAAAACCAGUCAUCUGCCAGUGACAGUGUCCCCGGGACAGAGUCCUCUCAGGGGUCCCAGGACAUCAGCAGUGUGCAGCAGAUGCAGCUGGACUUUGUGGAGAUGCUGCGAGUGCGUGAUGAGAAGCGGAGAAUGCGUCACGUGGAAAUACUGCGACAGCAGAAAGAGGAGGAGGACGAUCCUGAGGGAAGCGGGAGAGGAGGAGAUGAGGGGGGUGUCAGCCUGGCUCUUCUCGGGGGGCUGGAUGAGGAGAAGGACAGUGUGUUCAAUCCACAACCACCUGUGAAAACGUCCACGAGUAGCAAAACUAAAACCACCACGGAAAGCAGACAGCAUGAAAAUGGAAAAGUGUCGCACCGACCUCCAGAUCCUGAUGUCAUACCAGCAUCAAGCUCGUCUCGAAAGUUUGUCAGUUCUGUAUCCAUCUCACUAGACAACUCAUCUCCUUCUGCCAGCGGGCAGACGACUCCCACACAUCCGUCCUCCCCGAUGGGCCGAUCGUCGCCUCAGGAACACUGGAGUCCCUCGACGCGAGAAAGCCGAAGCCCCGUUCAGAACGGCCACACGGUGGAGACCAGCCAGCAUGACUCUUCCUCCAAAGGAGACUCUGAACAGACCGCUAAAGCUCCUUUCGUCAGACAGAGCUCCAGGACUUUAUCUUUCAGGAUGAUGAAAAAAAAAGAAGAAGAGAAAUCGCCUCUGCAGCGGAGCUCAAGUGUUAGAAUUGUGUCCAAGAAGUUUGAGUCCAGCAAGGAGCCAGACGACAAUGAGGACAAAGCAUCUUUCCAGAGAAACUCGAGGCAGAGGAUUUCCUCCAGAUCUAUCAAGGAGAAGAUGGAGAGGCUGGCUCAGGCUGCACAGAAAUCCGAGGCGUCUCGCUCUCCAGAUGUGACCCAGAGGACUCUGUUCCUGCUAGAGGAAGUCUCAAGGAAGAGAACCCUUUUUGAAAAAGACGAGCCGGCACAGAGCCUCACCAGUCCUGGGGCUUCCAGAAAUGAUUUUAAAAGUUUCACAUCAGGAAUGUCAGAACGGAUCAACCGCUUUAAGUCCAACCAAUCUGGAUCCUCACUCAGCCCUGACUUGAGACAUGUGGACAUCAGCAGUAAGAGAAGCCUGUUUGAGAACAGAGGAGAGGACGCUGCUCCAAAGACCAGCCCUGGAAAAACCUACAAAUAAAGAAACCACAUUUGCAAUAUCCAACAGAAAAGGUGGAGAUAUGGAAACCUGCUGGAUGACACACCUUCAAAGCACAAUAAAAACAGUUAAAAAUAUGUGGAGUGUAUCUUUAGCUGAAUCAUCUUUCACAUUUAAAAGUCUUUCAUUGCAUACUUUCGCUCAUCUUUUUAAUGUUUGAACUGUUUUACAUGCUGGAAGUGCAGAGGAUAUAAAUCUGACAGCUAUUAAAGGAGUGAAAAUGUAAGUGGUUAUCAAACCCCACUGACAAAUGGUUUUGUUUGAAGCUGUGCUGCUGUUUGACUUUUACUUUCCAGGCACUCUGAGCUGGUUAAAGGCCUCAGGAUAUUAUUGCACCAGCAUUUAUUGCCAAAACUUUCUUUUUUCCAUUUCCCGAUCUGCCUCUUUUAUCUGUACUUUUGUACAAAAUUCUGCUUUUCUGAAGAAUAAAAAUGUUUUCCUACUAAA